CUUAUGCCGAUUCAGCUUGUUUAUUUUUUGGUAAAUUUGUUACAACUUUAUUUACAACUUUUGUGCAAUAUUUCAGUUGAUUUAAGAGUCAAGCUUUGAUUAGGUUUGAGGUCAUUUAGCCUUAUUGGUUAUUGCUUCUAUCUAAAGAUGUGUCAUCAAGUUUGUGAUUUUAAUCGAAAUUCAUUCUUGAAGAAUGCCUCUUGACCAUUGACUGUUAUGUUUUUCAACUGUAGAUGGUAAACGCUUGGAAAAGACUUUUUUUCGUGUAAUUCUCUAAGCUUUUAUUUUUAUUUUUGUACUGCGUUCAAAUUAAUAUACUUCGAAAUGAAUGUAGAUUGUUCCAAUUUCACCGCUGUCUUGCCCAAAGUUAUUGAGGAGAUUCAAAAAUGCAAUUUCAUUGCUAUUGACAUUGAAUUUUCUGGCCUUUUCUGCAAUGCUGACUGUACGCCAUCACUAUUCGAUUCCUUGGAGGAGAGAUACGUGAAAUUGAGAAAUAAUGUAUCCAGCUUUAUACCCGUUCAAUUGGGAAUAUCUCUUUUCACUAAAAGCGAAGGAAAAAAUGAGUUUAAAGUCAACACAUACUCCUUUUAUUGCUGUCCAAGAUUUUAUGGACCACCAAUUAGCUGUUUUUCAUUAGAAACUGGAGCUAUCGAAUUCUUAGCAGAUAAUUCAUUCGAUUUCAACAAAUUUGCUCGUUAUGGGAUACCCUUUUUGAAUAAACCGCAAGAGGAAACAUUUAGAAAAUUCAUGAAGGAGAAGUUUAUUUCAUUCGAUUUAUCUUAUUCAAUGAUUGAUAGAUUGAUUGAUAUUCGAAAACAAAUCAAGGAAUGGAUGAUUUUAUUGCCCGUGCGAGAUGGAUGCAGACAUGGAGAAAAUACCUUCCCUUAUCAGCCAUUCACCAACCCUUUAAUAAAUUACCUGCUCAUCGAUCAUUUGAGAAAAGAAUACAAGAAUUUUUGGAUCACUCAACAGGGCGAUAAGCUAUUUAUAAAGACUGUUUCACACGCUGAAAGGAAACAAUUGAUGUCCAGCAUUGAAAAGGAAGAAAAUGACGUAAUUGAUUCAUGUAUUGGUUUAACUAAACUAGUCAAUGUUAUUAUCGAAUCUGGUAAACCAAUUGUAGGAAACAACAUGAUGGUUGAUCUUACUAUGCUUUAUCACCAUUUUAUCGAGCCAAUGCCAGUCAAUUUGCAGCACUUCAAGAAAGAAAUUUUGAAAAAUUUUCCCGUCAUCUACGAUGUUAAGUCCAUUAUUUUCAAUGUAAAAAAAUAUUUUCCAGCUUACGAAGAUAGCCUUUCAGCUCGUAAUUUAGAAGAUCUUUAUGAAAAAUUAUCCAAACCAUCUUUUACAAGUUCAUCAAAAUUUCAAUCCACCAUAAUUAGAGAUGAUUCAAAGGACUGCGAUAAUGGGAACCAUUACCAUGAUGCAGGAUUUGAUGCUUAUAUUACUGGAUAUGUUUUCCUGCGAGUCUGUGCACUCAUAGCUGAAUAUGAAUCGGACAAGUGUAUAUUGGAACCAGUAGUAGAAUGGGAAUCUCUUAUAAGACCAAUAACGCCAUUUAAGAAUAAAAUUAAUUUAAUUCGAGCUGCAUAUCACUUUAUGGAUCUAGAAGCAAAAAGUCAAAAGGCUGUCCGACCUGAGUGGUUAGUCUUGCGAUGCCGAGAUAAAUCUACAUCAAUCUCCAUAGCUCAAAUUUACAAUACCUUUUCAUCCGCCAGUACCACAAUAGAUUUCAAACAAAUCAGUAAAAGUGAAAUUGUCUUAGCCGUCGGUAAUUUCAGAACAGCCCGAGAUUUGAUUGAAAAGUAUCGCAAGGAUAAAAAUUACAUGAUAACCAGAUACAAUUUCAUUCGUGAUUCAACUGCUGGACGAUUGCUGCUGUGGACAACUUUGAUCAUUGGUGCUGGAUCAACUGGAUACCUUGUACACAAAGUGAUGUCAAAAUAUCUCUAACUUGAAUGUACCAUUUGAAACAUUUGCCGUAUAAUCAUGGAGUCAAGCAAAACCAAAGAUAGAUAUUGAAAGCUGGAAAAUUGACCAUUCUCUGGCCAUUAGAUAUUCUUAUGAUUAUGUGUUCGGUGUUGAAGCAUCUAUGUGAUUACCUUUGAGCUUUCAAAAUAGGAAUUCUUAAAGAUUUUAAAACUGUCAACCUUAAGGCUAAUAUUUUCGUAAAAAUUACCUUUUGGCUUUUUUAUAUUUUAUAAACCGUUAAAUUACGGAAAUUGAAAUUAGUUUCUGUAAAUAGUCAAAUUAUUGUCACAAAUUUUGUACUAUCAUGUAACAAUGGAACCAAUGUCAACAAUAUAAAUAGCAUUUUUGUUAAUCAGAUGAUAA